CAGACAGACACUGGACUCACCUAACUCUCACUCAUAAACCCUUAUAUUUUUUUUUUCUCUAUCCCUCUCUUAUCUCCAAAAUGGCGUCAAUCGCCUUCGGCACCGGCCAAUAUUUCACUCUCCGUCAACCUCGACACCGUCAAGCCUUCACAAAUCCCCCGUCUUCCGCUUCUCUCACCACCACCACCACCACAAAAACAUUUCGCUGCGAACAAAUUUCAUCUCAAAUCCCUAAAAAACCCUCACACCGUCAAAACUCAAAAUCGCCGUUAUUUUCCCUCAAAAAUCUCGCUAUCUCCGCCGCCGCCGGUGUUUUGUUCCACGCCGCGUAUAAAAACCCUGGCUUUCUAGGCGGAGGUAACGGCGGUGGUGGCGGCGGCGCCGGAGGCGGCGGAGGUGGUGGAGGUGGAGGUGGUGGUGGAGGGUGGUGGAAACGGUGGCUGUCUCCGGCGGCUAAUGCCGAUGAGAAUCAAUCGCCGGAAUGGGAUUCACAUGGAUUGCCGGCUGAUAUAAUGGUGCAGUUAAAUAAAUUAAGUGGAUUUAAGAAAUAUAAAGUGUCUGAACUUGUGUUUUUAGAUAAAGUAAAAUCUUUAAUUGUUGGUUCUGAUGAUUCAUUUUUCGAAAUGGUUUCGAUUAAGGCGGGUGGGGUUUACACAAAGGCUCAGUUACAAAAAGAGCUAGAGACUUUAGCUACUUGUGGAAUGUUUGAAAAAGUCGAUUUAGAGGCGAAAACUAAUGCAGAUGGAACUAUUGGACUAACUGUUUCAUUUACUGAGUCAACUUGGGAAGAAGCUGAUCAUUUCAGGUGUAUAAAUGUUGGUCUAAUGCAACAAUCGAAAGCGGUUGACGUCGAAGAGAAUAUGACUGAGAAGGAAAAGGUUGAUUAUAUGAGGAACCAAGAAAGGGACUAUAGGAGACGGAUGGAAAAGGCGAGGCCUUGUAUGUUGCCGAAAGCGGUUCAUGGGGAGAUACUGCAGAUAUUAGGACAAGGGAAUGUGAGUGCUAGGAUGUUGCAGAAUAUUAGAGAUAGGGUUCAGAAGUGGUACCAUGAUGAAGGGUAUGCUUGUGCUCAGGUUGUGAAUUUCGGGAAUUUGAAUACGAAUGAAGUCGUUUGUGAGGUUGUGGAAGGGGAUAUUACUAGAGUUGUUAUUCAGUUUCAAGAUAAACUUGGGAAUGUGUGUGAAGGGAAUACUCAAGUUGGUGUAGUGAAGAGGGAAUUGCCUAAGCAGCUUCAAAAGGGUAAUGUUUUCAACAUUGAAGCUGGGAAGCAAGCAUUGCGUAACAUCAAUUCUCUGUCUUUAUUUUCAAAUAUUGAAGUCAAUCCACGCCCAGAUGAGAAAAAUGAGGGAGGUAUCAUCGUAGAGAUCAAACUUAAAGAGUUGGAACAAAAAUCAGCUGAAGUCAGUACUGAAUGGAGCAUUGUUCCUGGACGGGGAGGCCGUCCUACUUUGGCUUCGCUUCAACCUGGUGGAACUGUUUCCUUUGAGCACCGAAACAUCAAGGGGCUCAACAGAUCCCUUCUUGGUUCUGUGACUACAAGUAGCUUUAUUAACCCUCAGGAUGAUCUUGCAUUUAAGCUUGAGUAUGUGCAUCCUUACUUGGAUGGUGUAUCAAAUUCACGAAACCGCACUUUGCGUACAAGUGUCUUUAACAGCAGAAAGCUCAGUCCAGUCUUCACAGGUGGACCAGGGGUGGAUGAAGUUCCCCCAAUAUGGGUUGACAGAGCGGGCAUCAAAACUAAUAUUACCGAGAAUUUCACCCGUCAAAGCAAGUUUACGUAUGGGGUUGUAAUGGAAGAGAUAACAACACGUGAUGAAAGUAGUCAUAUUUCUGCAAAUGGUCAAAGGGUUUUGCCAAGCGGUGGUAUUAGUGCAGAUGGCCCCCCAACAACGCUUAGUGGCACUGGUGUAGACCGUAUGGUAUUUGGACAAGCAAAUAUUACACGAGACAAUACCAAAUUUGUAAAUGGAGCAAUUGUUGGGGAGAGGAAUGUGUUUCAGCUUGAUCAAGGUUUGGGCAUUGGCAGCAAAUUUCCUUUUUUCAAUCGUCACCAGCUAACAAUGACAAAAUUCAUCCAACUCAAAGAAGUUGAAGAAGGUGCUGGCAAACCUCCACCACCUGUGCUUGUUCUUCAUGGUCAUUAUGGUGGAUGUGUUGGAGACCUUCCUAGCUACGAUGCCUUCACUCUCGGGGGACCUUACUCUGUGAGAGGUUACAACAUGGGAGAAAUUGGUGCUGCCAGAAACAUACUCGAGCUUGCUGCGGAAAUACGUAUUCCGGUGCGAAAUACUCAUGUAUACGCGUUUGCCGAGCAUGGAAACGACUUGGGGAGUUCAAAGGAUGUAAAGGGAAACCCAACUGAAGUCUACCGACGAAUGGGACAAGGCUCUUCCUAUGGUGUUGGUGCAAAACUUGGUUUGGUACGAGCUGAGUAUGCAAUUGAUCACAACUCGGGGACUGGUGCCUUAUUCUUCAGGUUUGGAGAGAGGUUUUGAAGCUUCUUUACAUUCUCAUUCAUAUAUUAUCCGGGAUUCAGUUUAGUUUUGAAGAGAUUGUGGGGUUCUGGUUGGAAACUAAAGCAUCUUGUGUAGAAAAUUCGUAUUUUUGCUUGCACCAGUUUGAGAUUCAACUCUUUUGGCGAACACCCAGUUCUGAUUCGUGUGUUAGUGUUUUGUUAAGCAUGAAAAAUAGUUAUUUUUAAUGGGUGAUAUCCUGUAUUCACAACUUUGAAUUUAGUCACUACUUGACAGUCUAGUGAUCUGCAA